UAAACUAAAAUACAUUCAGCCCAUACAGCAGUGACCACACAUCCUCCGCCAUCCAGCUACCGCACCCUGUAAGGAGCGAUGAGACUCUUCAUCUUGAUCAGUCUGUCAUAUCUAGGGAUCACAGGAUCUCCCGUGUGUGUUCAUCAGAUGACAACCCAUACAAUACAGUCCAGGGGAUCUGUUACCAUUCCAUGUUCAUACUCCGACCCUGGGAUACCUGAUGAAGAUGUACGGGUCACAUGGCGGGAGACCGAUAGAGAAUAUUGUUCAUCUGUAGCUGCUGAGGACACAAUCAUUUCACCUUCUGGAAAUGUUACAGAGAAAUAUGAAGGAAGACUCUCCAGAGAGAAGGAUCCUAACAGGAAUCGGACGGAAUACAUCAGAAUUACAGGACUGGAAUCAACGGAUGGGCCUCGAUUUUGCUGCCUACUAUACAAUAUUAGAUAUGGGAACACAUUCAAGGAAAGUAGAAUUGGUACUCUUCUGCAGUUUUCAGGUACAGAAUAUAUCACUCAGAUGGAUGAAGUGAUGGCGGUUUCAGGUGAAGAGGUCAUCAUCCCGUGUUAUUACUCCAAGGACACCUCGGAUAUUACAAACGUCAUCUGGUAUUAUGCAGACCAAGAAAGUCAUGACUGUACUCAUACACCCAUACAUGAAAGGAGUAACGCACCUCAAUAUGGUGUGGGUCGGUACUCUUUGGUCAAUUUCACUCAAGACGUCUCGCUGCGCAUUCAUAAUCUUCAUGUAAAUGAUCAGAGAAGUUAUUGCUGUGUCAUCUCUACCACAAGAGAAACACUAAAAAGCAAACAAUUUACAACGCUGGUUGUUGCAGAAUCUCAACCAUCCCGGGAUCAGCCAACUAAUGAGAUCUCAGUAGAAGAAGGACAUUCAGCGCUCCUGUCCUGCUCCUACACCCUUCCUAGUGAUCGGUAUACAGAGAGAGAUGUUCUGCGGGUCAAUGUAUACUGGAGAGUGGGGAAUGUAACCGGACCGUACGCCUAUCACCCCUACCAGGAAAUGGUUCAUUCUACAUAUAUAAAUCGGACAUCCAUAACAGGGAGGACUAAUCUAAUGAUAAAGGAUGUGAUGAAGGCAGAUAAUACUUCAUUUCACUGCUUUGUGGCGCUCAAACUGUGUGCAAGUGACUACCAAGAUGAUGAUAAAAUUCAGUAUGGAGGAGGAAUCCGACUAAUCAUCAACGGUGACGUGGCAGGCCGCACCACUAAUGGAAUAAAUGGUGAAGGCAGCAAACUUACCUUCCAGGACCUCAUGAUCAUUGUUGUUGUCUCCUCAGUAACUAUCAUGAUUAUCCUCAUAGUAAUCUUGAUCAUUUUGAAAGUAAAAGGUGUCAUUUGUAAAAAGAAAACAAAUUUUUCGGAGCAGCAGAUGGACAGCAUUCAGGCUGCAGGUGUUGUGACAAGCGAGGAGGCACCGUACUGCGAGAUAAGUACGAAGAAACCAGAGGAUGUCCUAAAGGCUGCCACUGAUGAAACCGAAAAGACGGAGAUGGGAAGCGGACAGAUGGAGGAUGGCGAAGAGGGUAAUCUUCUGUACGCCAAACUGAACCAAACCAAACUGAAGGAGAAACGUCCAGCCGAGAUUCCGAAGCAGAAUGAAGAAGUCGUCUAUGCUGCUGUGGUCAACACAACCACCAAAUAAGGUUUUACUGUAUGUCACAUGGAAAGCAUUCUUAAAUAGCAAAUGUUUGUAUAAUCUGGCUGAAGCUUAUUCUGAUUUUUUAUUUUUCCUCCUUUCCUCCCUUAUUAACAUGUUACUGAAAUUAUUAAAUAAAGCCUUUCUAUUUUCAUUUUA